AUGAACAUCGAAAGUGCUGCUGUAAAUAUCCUUAAAAGAGGAGUUGAUUUAGAUUCAAAAAAACGCUACACGGAAGCAUUGGUAUGUUACCAAGAAGGUUUGCAAAUAUUAGUUGACAAGAUGAAAGGUGAAUGCGAUGAUAACGUGAAGGCUUACUUGAGAAAAAAAGUGGAGGAGUACAUGAAACGUGCAGAAACUAUAAAAAAGUUGGUGUUGCAACAAAAGGAGACGGGCCAAUUCCACGAACAAAUUCACAUAGAAAAUAACUCUACUGGUCACAGUUAUAAAACUAUUUUUGGGCGUUUCCUUGAUGAAGAUGUCCAUUAUGUAGUUGUGGAAGACCCUUAUAUCAGAAAUUUUCAUCAGUGUCAGAACUUCUUAAGACUUUGUGAACUCUUGGUGAGGUCCUGCGAUAAUCUGAAGCACAUAGAACUUCUAACCUCUACAGAUAAUAAGUCGGAAGGUGAUCAGAGGGUGUGGUUUAAGAACAUGAGAAAUGAUUUAGCUAAAUACAAAGUACAGUUUAUUGUGAAGUACUCAGACACAUUGCAUGAUAGGCAGAUCAUAUUAAGCUCUGGUUGGAUAAUAAAAAUUGGAAGAGGAUUAGAUUAUUUUAAGCCACCGGAAAACAAGUUUUGUUUGGGUGUUUAUGACAUGGACUUGCGGCAAUGCCACGAAACAACUGUAGAUAUAGUUCACUCAAAAAAUGUCAAACAAUCAUAUAGU